AUGUCUGAUUCUUCCUCAAGCCAUGACUCACCACCUUCUCCGGCGAUCACCGGAGAUUCAGAAACCACAGUGACCAACAACGAAUCAGAAUCCAACACAAAAUGUCAAACAGCAAUCCAAUCCUUAUCCACGAUCGUCACAAACACAAACAUCCCUUCCACAAUAACCAUCCUCCUCGACGAUGAAGCCGUCUCCACCGCGAUCUCCUCUCUCCUCCUACGUCCCGAUUCAGGCGCCGGAGAUAACAACCUCUGCCGUUGGCUCUACGACACAUUCCAAUCCGCGGAACCAUCGCUUCAGCUUCUCGUCCUCCGAUUCGUUCCUUUAAUCGCUGGUCUCUACCUCUCUCGUGUCCCUCUCCGUCAACCACAAGCCGGAUUCGAAGCCGUUUUACUCGCUCUCUACGCGCACGAAACAACCUCACGUGCCGGUCAAGCAAUAACCGUCAACAUUCCAGAUCUCUCAUAUCCAAGCAUUUACCAUGAAUCCAAAGGUCUCACAAGGAACAACAACUCAACGUGCCUCAACAUCGCUGUGAUCUCCUCCACGUUAGAUCCACACGGGACGGUUAGAUCCACGCGCCGCGCGAGGAUCGUCGGAGUCGCGUUGGAGCUUUACUAUAGCAAAAUCUCGAAAAUGCCACGCGAAUCUAAGCUUAAUUUCUGUGAAUCGUGUGAGAAAUGGGCGGGGCAAAACGGAGAAACGGAGCAAUCUUCACGGGCUGUGAUUCCGACUUUGAGCGAUGAUUCGUGGAGAGAGGAAGAGAAUGUUGCUAUUGGAGGAAGAUCUGAGAGAGAUAGUGGAAGGAUUCCAUUGCCAUGGGAGCUUCUCCAACCGAUUUUGAGGAUCUUAGGGCAUUGUCUCCUUGGGCUCAAAAUGGAAGAUAGGGAGUUAUCUGAGGCGGCGAAUAAAGCUUGUCAGAGUUUGUAUCUCCGAUCUCUGCAUGAUAUAAAUCCGAAGGCGAUUUUGGCUACCGGAAGUCUUCUUCGGCUCCGUGAGAUGGCUCUUGAUCCCAAGAAUCAAAUCGAUCACACUGAGCUAUCAAACGACACCGUUCUCUCCGUUUGA